CGACCGUUGCCUAUCUCGUGACGUGACAAGCCUUAAUUUAUUUAAUUCUGUAAGCUUUGGAGAUAGAACCCGUGAGUUUGAUACCAAUCUCUUUGUUGAUCUUUUGACACGACCGUAGACCAAAAGUUCUCCGGGGAAUUAACAUAAGACGUCGUGUUGCAUAAAUAAAACCCAGAGAUUUCCUUUCUUACGUCGAGAAUGAUCCUCCAUAAAUGGGCUUUUCACUUUUAAUAAGCUUGUUUCUGCCGGUUUUUGAUCUCUUUUACGGUUUUCUGUUUAAAGUUUUGCGACCUCCACCCCAAUGGUUUUUAUGCAGAUGAAUCUUCGCAUCGAGAGAGAAUACAUUUUUCGAUUCUCAUUCAGAUAGAUAUGUACCGGAAUUUAUCAUUUAAAUAAACAAAGUUUCGCUAUCCAAAGACAAAGUAAAAUCAUGUUAAUAAGAAGAUUUACAAGUUUUAACGUGCAGACAGAUACUACCGUUUAAAAAGGCUAAUUAGUCUUUCGUUUCCACUUUAAGAAUUUUUAUCUUAAAUUUUAAUUCAGUUAAAUUUGGUUUAGUAAUUUAUUAAAGUGACCGAUUAGAUUUACUUUCGAAAGAUAAAGUUGGCACAUUAGACCGGGCGAAAACGAUAGAAAAAGGAAGAAAAAAAUUAUAGUAGUAGUAGUAUUAGAUUAACCUAAAUAGGGAAACCAAAAAAGUUAUCGUGUGUGCAGAAUAAUUGCUUCUUUUUUUUUUCUUUUCUCCUAUCUCUCUCGACUUGUUAACGAAAUAGGCCUGGACGUAUAUAACUACAACAUUCUGCAGCCCAUCGAGCUAAGAACAAAAAAUAGAUAAGCGGCUAAAUUAGUAUAGAAUGUGAUUAGUGUCCUUUGUUACAAAAUUCGCUUCGUCAGCAUGAAGCAAGUUAUAAUUAUUAAUUCGUUAUUCAGUGUUUUUCCGACGAGAGAAUGACUAUGACUCUUUAGGUAAUAAGGCCGAAGCAUAGAGAGAGAGAUUUUUAUAAGCUAGUCAUGGCGAAAAUAUGCAAGAAAGUUGUUACCAUCACAAUUUAUUUCGCUAGAAAGUUUACGCAAUUUUAUUUCUAAUGUUUUAGAUUAUAAUUUUGACUUGGAGCCGUCGAAUAAUCCAUGUUUUGAUCCGGAAUGAUCAGUUUCUAAGUAGAGGCGACGAGGCUUUAUGCUGUCUACUCUAUGAAAACAUUACGUAGAAUUCUACCCGUAUUGUUAAUAGUAGAGGUUUCUAGCAAUUAAAGAAUUAAUUAUUAAUUAUACAAAAAGGGAACGUUCGGCUUGGUGUAGAUUGAAUUACCAGAUGAUACUUGGCCAACUAUUUAAUGAGUUCUUUUACCUGCGUUCGGCAUUGGGAGUAUUUUUAAACCGUGGUAUAUCCUCUCCGUCCAAAUAAUUUGCCAGAGAACGAUCGUGUGUCGUAUUGCAGCAUUUCGUGAUAUAGUAAGUUUUUAUUAUGUAAUCCUAUCUGCCACAGCAAUAACUUUGACCCCGAAGCUCGGCAUGAUUCAGCAAGACAGAAUGGAUACCACGUUCACGAGUAGCAUGAUAUGUCAAUCUGAAAAUGUUGCCAGUUCCAAGCGUCUAUAUUGAUAAUUCUCGUGGGGAUUAGUCAUCUUUUUAUCACUCUCGAUAUUUUUGGAUUUAUUCGUUUUAAAAGGAAAAAUAGAUGCGAUUAAUUUUCGGAUACCGUGUUGCAAGAUGGCGAUAGCGAUGAAAGAGAGUUGGAGAUGAAGUUAGAGUAGAAUUUAUAGGCCCAAAGAUACAACGAAAUGCGUUGAGAGUUAGCAGGAACGUUUUAAAAUACAGUACAGUAUAUGCUUUUAACUAAGAAUGGAGUGUACUGUACGUUGGCUGAACUUUAGUUAAAAUAACAAAACGGAAGUUUCUUUUCUUCACGCACUGAUUUAUUUAAGAAGCGAUAAUGCAGAUAUUCAUUAUUAAUAAUGCAAUUUUAAAGAUUGAGGUAAAGCAGGUAAAAGGGGAAGCACGAAAGCUAUUCAUUCUUUUUUUUUGCCAAGUCGAUUCAGCCAAGUGGAAAAGCGAAAAUCCAACUCUUCUGCUCAAUAAAUUGAAGAAAUUCUGUUCGGAAGAACAGACUCGAGAACAGAAUAGUCGUCGAUGCAUGAAGUUCGAUCGAUGAUGAGUUCUGGCUCGAACACUCGACAGAAACACGCCAAAUACCGUGAUGGCCUACUACAUUGCCAGCCACAAUUAUUUAGGAGGAGGACUGUCCUUGAAGCAAAAGGAAUGUCCAACAAACCAACAGAAUCGAGGUAACGAUAAUUGAAAUCGUUAUUUUUUUUCGGGAGUGAUCCAUCAAGAAUUACACCAAAGACAGAUCGCUUCUAGGACAUGUUAAGUGCGGGACAGAUCUCUAUGUAACGAGAUAAGAAGGUAAUCAUUCUCCUCCGUAUCCAAGAAUAGUAACAAAUUUUAACAAGGUGAGACUGGAUCGAAUAGUACUCAUUCCAGUUUUUAAAAAUAUUUUAUCGAAUGUCAUUCGGUGUGUAACGGAUUAUAUGGCCGUCGACGCUUCCAAUGGGUUUAUAAAUACCAAUUAGGCACGUUGACACUCGAGGAUGUAGCUUUACUAGAUAACGCCCUUCACGCCGCAUAUGCCCUACAUAAACAAGUUUUGCUUUUUUUUGUUUAAGGUAAAGGUUGAAGUAAAUACGCCGUAUUAUCGUAGGCCACAUUGGUCUCGCGCCAUUAAAACUUAAGGCACGAGUCGACGAAAUUUGGUCAGCUUCGUCACGAUGGAGGCGUGAGAGAAUAGUUUAGAAACCUUCAGGAUCCAAUCUUGGCCUCUGGUAGAACCAGUCUUUUCCAGCCUUAGUAAGUCCGGAGAUGAGAUUGCGGCCGAAGUCGGGGGUGAGAUUAUAGAUAAGUAACUCCGGAUUCGUGCACCUAUGGUGCCGCCAACGGCAUUACCGGGGCACGAAUGGCAUUUAACUUUUUGUUUGGUGUUAGUUACUCUGCUCCGUAUUUUAAUUAUUUAUAGAUUAAAGAGUGAGAGGAAUCCUUAAUUGCCUUCCUUCUCUUGCUUCUUUCUAAACAUCUAAAUAACAUUAUUGACUCGGUAGAGGGACAUAAAACGGGACAAGAGUCAGAGACGAUAAUGCCUUCUUUCCAAUGACAGUAAUAACAGCAGCCAUCAUUCUGCACGUGUAGCGGUAUAGAUCCACUCCGGUUCGAUAGCCAUUCUGGCCCGUCAUCCACUUUAUUGAUUGCAGGAGCUUGUUGUUACACGUUUCUUCCGCAAUUACAAAUUUAAAUGGAAAAAAUCUUAUAAACGAGCCAAGCUUUGACUCCAAACAAGCGUGUACUGUAAGUUACGCUGCCAUUAAACGUAAGAAUGCCAUAAAUCUCUGCCACCUCUACAUCUGGAGAGUGAAUGAGGGUCGGGGGCCAACUAGCUCCGACCUUUGAACCUACUGCAGUAUGUAUACGGUAUCUAGUUUCCUCCUGCUCGGUGUCUGUAAAUUGUUGUUACUCUCGAAAAACCCACCGUAUAAUUCUUCAAAUAUUUAAUGUAGUGGUGCAGCUGCGACGUCCGGAUAUCCUGGAAAUAAGGAAUGCUUCGACGACACCACAAGUGGAUGCGUCCUUUAUUAUGGCGCUAGCAGUUUUAGCGCGAGCAGAAUGGAGCAGGGCGCAUAAAAACUCGUAAAUACUAGAAUGUGGGUCAUAGCCGAGAAACGCCAUAAUUGAUUAUUAUUUCCAAUCGAAGUAAAGUUUUCGAUAAGCCGGAGAACAGGUAUCCCAUUUUGCUGGAGCAUUUACUGCCGAGUCGACUGAAGCCAGUGUAAACAUCCACCUCCAGGUUGUCGGUCGGUUACUAAGCAACCUCUAGGCUGACGUCAUCAGCUCGCCCAACCGCAAAUAAACCAAGUUUGGGCCGUGCGAGUGUGAGGUCGCUGCUGUUCUGACACACAAUUGCGAGCCUUUGCUCGACGCGACAGUUGCUCCUUCUGUUUGGUGUGAUAAUCGCAAUUUUUUUUUUGGAAUAUACAUCACUGUUUAGUAGAGAGGAGCAGGAUAGCGAAAAGCAAUCUGCUAGCAGAGAUUACCCAGAAGUGAAAAAGUCAAUCAAGAAGUGGACGGAAUAUCAAGACGGUCAGAAAAUCCUAUUGACCACACCGUCGGUGUUGGUGGGCUACAGGGUCGAGGUAUACAGGGUCGAAGGGACUACGCAGUGGUAUACGGCGGUUAUCGUCUCUUACAACGACAACACAAGGGAAUUAACUCUGACCGACGACACCGUGCUCGAAGAACAUAAUGAAGACCCAUGCUUGGUACAGAUGAAAUUAAUUGGCGAUGGAGUAGUGGAGUCAAUAUUGAAAGGCGAAAACAUCGGCAUCACUCCUCGCAGACGUACCUGCACCCAACAAAGGAUUUCGGUGCCGUACAGCACCAGAACAAGAAACCAACACAGUCCGACGUCCGUAUCCACGUCCAGGAUUACAGCCAGUCCCACGGUUCAGAAGAAGACCAAAUUCAAACAGGGACCCGACGGGCUCCUCGAUAACUCCAACGACAGAGUGUCUGGCGCGAAUCCCGACAGUCCCGAGGCCAGAAGAAGAGACAACUGUUCGGUGAUCGUUUCGGAUAGCUGUAACAAAAGAAGGACGCCCAAGAGUGGUAAGAAAAGGGAGGAGAGCGACGAGGAUGACGAACUGCUAACCGGGACGCAAGACGAGUCGGAAAGUGCUCAGGAUGUGGACAGUUCCGACCAAGAGGAGUCUCCCAAGAACCACAAGAAGAACCUCCGCAAGCAAGCUCGGCCCAAGAGAGUGAACGGACUUGAAGAAGAUUGCGGCGCGGACGACGAUGCCAAAUCGCCCCAUUGUCUGAUCGGCUCAUCCUCCGACGUCGAAAGCAUAAGUGCGAGUGAAGUGAGGACGAGUAGCCCUUCCCACGACCAAAAUGUGGCGGUGUCGGUUACUGGUGACAUGUCCAAAGUAGAGAGACCUCUGCUCGACGAUUCGACCAAAGUGGCGGAAGGAGGGCGGCAGUCGCCCGCUUCCGACCCCAAAACGGACCCGAGCAAACAAAUUGGCAGGAACGGUUCUCCCGUCGACGCGAGAAAAGUAGAAUCUUCUAAAUCUGUUAGUCCUUUGGUGAUCGAGAGGAACGACGGCCUUCGAGUGUUCUGUGAUCCGAGUCUGGUGAACUCGAAAAGACAUUUCGACCCCCUACAGCAGCCCGCCAAUCUGAUGCAUCCGGCUGGACUGUCUCAUACGGCCACUGCCGCUUAUCCCAGGGUACCCGCUCUGCCCCAGCACACGCGAGCCACCACUCAUCUAAGUCCCUACGGAUUGACGUCCGCAUUGAUUCCUUCGCACCAUAUUUCGCCCGGGUCUCCCAUGGAACAAUCGUCCAUUCAUUCUCAAGCCUAUAGACAACUUAUAUCUCAACAUCCGCCGUUACUAGCUCAGUACAGUUCGCCCGUCGGAAUAGGAAUGUUGUGGCAACAGAAAUUUCCUCUCAACACUCCCUCCCCCAAUCCGUGGAUGGUCGAGGCUCAGAUUCAAGAAUUCAGAGAGAGAGAGCGGGUCAUGGCGGCCCACGAAAGACAAACCAGGAUAGAGAGAGAAAGAAGGGAAGAACAAGAUCGAAUUGAAAGGGAGCGAUUAGAAAGAGAGAAAGCAGAAAAAGAAAUAGCAGAGAGACAAGAAAAAGAAAGGAGAGAGAGAGAAAGAGCAGAAAGAGAAAGAUCAGAACAACAAGAGAGAGAAAGAUUAGAAAGAGAAAGAGUUCAGAGAGAAGCUGUACAACAGCAUUUUGAAGAAUCGUUAAGAUUAGUAAAUGAAAGGCAGAUAAAAUGGAACUCUCGGGUUCCAAACAGUUGGAAUCCAAAUUUACCUUUGAUCAAACCCCUGCCAACAUCUAAUGUAGGUAGAUGCAGUCCCGUUGUAACUGUCCAUAGUCAUGCUAUUCAUCCUACGGAUUCUGACAAGGAUAAAAGAGAGAAGAUAUCUGCAGAAACAAAAGAAAGACACAAUGCAAUAGAUCGCUUACGUCAGGAUCAAGAGAGAUGGAUGGUUCUAGUCCAGCAGAGAAAUGAACAAGCUGCAGAUUUGUCUCAUUCUCAGAACUUUGCAUUAUCAGAGCAACGACCGGGGAGUGUCCAUUCAAAAGUGGAGGGCUAUCCAGUAUCUAGGUCAUCUCCUCAUCCUUCUAGUGGUACCUCUUCAUCCAGUAAAUCUGGUAUGAGUUCUAGUCCAAUCACAGCUACCUCCUCUGCUGCAACAGCACAGCCAAAGCCAGAAGCUAGCUUUAGUCUUUAUGGUUAUCAGCCAUUCCAGCAUACUUAUAUUACACAAGCUCAGUUAAAAGCCAGAGAAGAGAGUAAAAAUUCAUCUAACCCAAACAACCAAACGGCACCUCCUGGAAGACAACCAAAUCAGUCAUCUGCUCAUAACAGAGAAAAAGAAGGCAGUAUACCAUUUGAAAGAUCGUCAACCCCAGGUAGUAGUCGAACAAGUACGCCAGGUAGUCAAUCAUCAUCGAGAGAUAAACAGCAAAUUAAAGUUCCAAUGCACCCUAUGGGUUCAGAACAUGCUAGUCCUGUAUACCAGUCAGGUGUUGGAAGCAGUGGAGCUUUCAGGCCUUAUGAGUAUACGCCACCAAGUCCUGCACCUGCUCAUCAAAAUACAUCAUCUCCAAACCUGGGAUCAAGAAUUGGUGCAUCACAUUUUCAUCAUGCUUCCCCACAACAAGAACCUCAAAAUCUUGUUAAAGGAGAACCAGCUUGUGGUCCUACAGAAGGAUGUUUGCCACAACACCAGCCUUUUCAGAGAUAUGAAUCGGCCAGAUCUACGGCAUCAUCUUCACCAUCCAUUCAGGUUUCAGGAUAUAACUCUCCUUAUAUGACCAAAAAUAAUAUUCCAGCAACAAGCAGUCCGCACUCUUACAACUUAAUACAACAAGGUGUAGUGCCAAAUCCACUUUAUACUCCUUCAAGUAAUGGACCAACUACUGUCCCUCCUUGUGUUACAACGGUGACGCACAUUUCACAUCAAGCUACAAGCCCUCCUUUAGGUCAGACUUAUCCCCGUGCAACAUCUGGUAUAGGCAUAACAAGUGGAACACCUGUUUGUAGGUCAAAUGUAUAUCCUUCUACGCAGGGAAGGAUAUCUUAUACACAUUCAUCAAAUUCAAACAUUCAGGCAGGUGUAAAUCCUAGCAGAACUCCUACUCCACUUGAAACAAAUGGAAGAUCUCACAUACUAACAUCAGGAACUUGCCAUAAAUCCCCAUCUCCUGCUCAUAUGCAUAACUUGCCAAUGUCUCAUACAGGUAAUCCCACACCUCCUCCCACAGGAGGAAGAAUACCUCCUCCUUCUACUUCACCAAGACUUACGCAGGGCAACAUCUUGUUUAAUCGAGGAGUUUCCCAGCAGUCAAUGCACAAUGCUACUUCACAUUCUACAACCUUGGCCAGUUCUGCCACAGAGAGUCAGUCACAGCCAUUGAACUGUUCGAAUAAACGAAAGCCAGUACGAGAUGGCAGCAGUCGAAAACGUCAAAAGACUAAUGAUGACCAAUUGAUGCCACCACAGUUACAACCACAAUAUCAUAUUACUCCUUCAACAACUACAAUAUCAUUAUCUCAAGGAUCAAGCCCAAUUUUGCAGACAUCAGGAAUCAGUCAUCAUGGUGCUUCUCAGAACAGUGCUUUAGGAAUCAUUGCCUCAGAAGCUCCAACUUUAACUCCUCACACAAUUAGUCCAACACUUGGCUCUUCUUCAGGUAGUUUAGAAUCAUAUAGUAAUGAUCAAAAUCAGAUGUAUGAUGAUAAAUUAUUAAAAAUUAAACAAAAAGCUGCAGGAAUUCCUCCAAGUAAUUCUCCUAAUUCAAAAAGUAAUGAUUCCCCACCCAAAUUAUCAAGUUGUGCAAAUUUAGCAUCACCAGCAAAUUCAAAUACUUCUAAUACUCCUCCAGUCUUAGUAGGUGCAAUAAGUAAUAGUUCUGAGAACUCUGAAGAAGUGGUUUCUAGCCCAGCACAGACAACUGCUAACAAUGUCAUUAAUGGGAAUAGUAUCACAACUACUACAGGAAGUACAAAUCACACCAAAUUAAAGAAAGCAUGGCUUCAGAGGCAUUCGGAAAAUGAAGACAAAAGAAAUCCAUCAGAUAGGAAUAAGGUGGAAGUUUCUAAACCUCUUAACAAUGGAAAUUCUCCAGAUAAUAGCACAUCUUCAGUCACUGAGAAAAAUUUGACUAGUAACAUAAAAGAAACAAAAAAUAAUGAUAAGGUGCAUGGAAACGAUGCCAAAAAUAGUAAGAAUGAAGGAUCAAAAGUGCAAGACGAUUCCACGAGUUCUGCAUCGGAAACCGAACAAGAAUUAAAGAAUAUCAAACGUAAAACUCGUGUCGGUAGGAAACAAACAUUAACUACUUGGAAUAACAACACGAGUAAGAGACAAAAGGUUACAAAUGACAACAACACAAAUGAAACUAUAAAUAAUGUCAGUAGCAAAAGAGAAGAAAGUAGAAAAAAGCCAUCACCUCCAGAAAGAGAUGUAUCACGGAGAAGAGGAAGGAAAAAUAAAGGAAGAGGGAGUACAACAGAUGAUUCUAAGAAAAAACUUGCUAAAGAAAUCUUCAUUAAACCAAUCGAAAAACCUUCAGUAGCUCAGUUAAAGAGGACGGGAGAGUCGUUCUUACAAGAUGGAUCGUGCUACAUAGUCGCUCCAAAGCUGCCCAAAUGUCGUGAAUGCAGAAUGACACCAAAUCAACGUAACAAAAAGAUGGCUAACAUCUUCUGCAGAUUUUAUGCCUUUAGAAAACUAAGGUACGGAAAGAAUGGGACUAUUGUCGGAGCCGGAUUUUCCGAACCGUCCGACGCCACGGAACAAGAUUUAAAACUUUGGCUAUCGUGUAUCGACGAUUCUCCUCCUGAACUGGAUGUACAUAUGUCCAAAUAUAUAUUAUCUAACAUGGGUAGCCAAUUCUGCGAAGUUGUCGAACAGGAAAAGGAAGCACAGAGGCUUCAUAUGUCUAAUGACACUACAAUAACUUGGAAGAGAGUGUUGCAAGGAGUUAGGGAAUUGUGUGACGUCUGUGAUACCACACUUUUCAACUUUCAUUGGGUGUGCCAUAAAUGUGGUUUUGUUGUCUGUAUUGACUGUUAUAAAGCCAGGAAGAGCGGUAGUGGGAAAAAAUCGUCCUUAAAAGGACGUGACGAUUACCAGUGGCUCUUGUGCUCCAAUAAGCAGGCGCAUGAACAAGAGAAGCUGACAAUGACGCAAAUAAUUGCGAGUACCGCUCUUUGGGACAUAGGCAAAGCACUUCACGAAGUGCAGUGUAAAUGGAAUUUUUGCCUUCCCUGUAAAUGUAACAAUAAAGCUGACUCAGAAGUAAAACAUUCCACAAAUGGAAUUUGUAAACAAGUGAUGAAUGCUGUUACAAAAUGCUUUACAGACAAGGACCAAUUGCAGUUGAAUGGAUGUCCACAAAACAAAAAGGGAAAUGUGAAUGGUAUGACUAAUCUCAUCAAACAAGAAGAUGGUUAUAGUUCAGAGAGUGGUAGUUCGCCUUUGAGUUGGUUGGCUGACGUUGCUUUGAAUUCUUCGAGUAAACUUGAAGACGAAAAUAAAAGCGUUCAGAUAAAAAUUAAAUCGGAGGCAGAUGACGACGACGACGAUGAUGACGAUGACAAAAAACAGACCAUCAAUUUGGACAUGUUGGAAGACGGACUGCACGACGAAGAUGACAGCAAUGAGAAUUUCUCUACUCUUCGUGAAUUAUUAAUAAGACCCACUGGCAAAGGUGGAAAUGGAAACAGAUCGAAUAGAAAUUCUAUCGGACAAGGGAAUGUAAAGACAACAUUGAGCGGACUGAUUUCUAAUAUUGUUGAACAGAGGGUCAAGAAACUCGACAAGGAAGGCAAACACUCUUCCCAUUACACCCGCCGUCAUUCUAAAGACUGUGAUUCGGUAAGAGUGGGUUGUUUAACAGACAGUGCAACUCUAUAUUCGGAUGUACCCCAUUCCUGGCUCUGUAAUGGAAAAUUAUUAUUAUUGAAAGAUCCCGAAAAUGACAAUAACAUAAAACUGUUUCAAGAACAAUGGAGGCAUGGAGAACCAAUUGUGAUCACAGAUGUCGAAAAGAAAAUUGAUUUGUCAAAUUGGCAUCCUGAAAAUCUUUGCCAGGAGUUUGGUGAUAUAAGAAAUGAUAUCAUUAAUUGCAAAAAUGGUGCUGUUAUGUCUAAUGUGCCCAUGAGAAAAUUUUGGGAGGGACUUGAAAAUUUUAACAAACGUCUUAAAGACGACAGUGGCGAACACAUGCUGUUGAAAAUGAAAGACUGGUCAGUUGCCGACGAUUUUCCAGAAGUGUUACCAGCCUGCUUUCAGGAAUUAUUAUCUGUGUUACCACUGCCUCAAUAUACACAGCGUGAUGGCGUUUUCAAUUUGGCUAGUCACGUCCCCAGCUGUUUUAUCCGUCCCGAUCUAGGACCAAAAAUGUACAAUGCAUAUGGUUCCAUUCAACAUCCCACAAAAGGUACUAUUAAUAUACAUGUUGAAACAAGUGAUACUGUAAAUGUUAUGGUCUAUGUUGGGUUAUCGAAAGAUGUAAAAGAGGAAGACAGUAUUUAUGAUAUUUCAAAAACAUACGACGAAGGGGGAUGCGAUUUGCUCAUGAAGAAAAGAUUAAAAGAAAAAGGAAUAAAACCUGGUGCUUUAUGGCAUAUCUAUCAUGCUCAAGAUGCAGACAAAAUUAAUGAAUUUCUUAUGAAGAUAAAUAAAGAUAAAGGACAGGAUUCUACACAGGAUCCAUUAUUAGAUCAGACAUAUUAUUUAGACGAAGAACUUCGAAAUCGUCUAAGUCAAGAGUACGGAGUAGAAGGUUACGCUGUGGUACAAUGUUUGGGAGAUGCUAUAUUUAUCCCUGCAGGAGCUCCUCAUCAAGUGCAAAAUCUUCAUAACUGUGUCAAAAUCUCCAAAGAGUUUGUUUCACCAGAAAACAUUUCCCAAUGCUUUAAACUUAUUCAGAAAUCUCAAUCGUCUCUGGAUUCACGUAUUAUGCACGAAGAUAAAUUACAAAUUAAGAACAUUAUAUAUCAUGCUGUGAAGGAUGCUUUAGAACAAUUACAAGAAAAUGACCCAGAAGACUACCAAACAUGAUUUAUGAGAACAAUUAAAUGAUGUUUUGAAGUUCAAUUUUUUAUGUCCAAGACAAACUCCCAUGGAUGGACUAAAUUAUGCUGAAGGCUGGCCUUUGCAACAAUUCUUAAGCCUGGGAGAAAUGUGCAAUGUUAUUUUUUUUUUAUAUUAUUUUUAAGUGCGACAUCUUCCUAUGUAUCGGUCUCCGGAUAUCUUUGGAACAGACUCGCCGUGCCAUGUUUACCUUAUUGGCCAUUAUAUGGCCAACUAAUGAAUAUCUCCCAUUAAUGUGUAUUUACUCUUUGUGGCAGAAAUCUGCUGACAUCAGGUGAAGUACAAAUAUUUGUCCAGUUUCAUAAUUUCCCAGGAAUGCCUAUUUGUUUCCUCACAAUAUAUGGAUAAACUUUUUGUCUUCAAUUGUUGCAGUGAGGAAUUUAAAAAUUCAUGUUAUUGACUUUGCUUAUUUAUAUUGAUUUUUAAAAGUGUUAGAUGCUCAGAAAUAUCUAUCUGAACUGUUUGCUGUGUUAUAAAGAAAAAGAAAAAAAAUAAAUAAAAAAGUUGGAUGUUGUGGCUUAAUGUCGUGUGAAGUAAACAAUGCAACCGACUUGUUUCUGUUAAGAUAUGGAGAACUGCGUACUUAUGGGAUACCAUGAAACUACCACUUUUGUGUCUAGGUAUGAACUUUCAUUCCUUUAUAUAAAUACUGUUUGACAAAGAUAUGCCUCUCUAUUCCUUUUUGCAUAAGUUGGCUGUGCCAGGGAAGAUUAGGAGAGAAAUUGGUAGUAGUGGUUCCUAGAGUUUAAUUAAAGCUACGAUUUAAUAGGGAAUUAAUAUUCUCGUCAAACAUUUUCCUGCACUCGAUUUUAAUGCUGGCCAAACGUUAUCCAGUGUUUUGUAUUAUACUGAUUUAUAAACUCCAUGCCGACAGUCGGACGAGUCUACGAGAAGCUCGCAUCGAGUCGCAACGAGCAUCGCUUGUAAAUUAUUCUUUAUUAUCUGCACCGUAGUCCUAUUGUUUGUUCGGUGUUUCUCGAGCCGGCAUCUGAUCGUUAACGCGACGUCGAAGUCGGGUGCAUUUGCGGGUGCAAAGAAACCUCUUCGUUAUUUAUGUUGCAGUAUUCAUCAUUUUUGAGUCAAGCAGCAGGCAUUCUUGUACAUUUUAAAGGGAGAACACAUUGUAAAAUAAAUCAGUUUUGUCCACCGGAGAGUGUUCUGCCUCCUAGUGCCAGCUACAGCCACGACCGUGAUUGUUUUUCAUUCGGAUUCAUCUUUAUCUAUCUAAUUCUUUCUCCUACGAAGCUGUUGUAGUUUGUUGAGUGGUUCCCACAAGCGGGAGAACAUGUAAUUGGCAUCACCUUAGUUUGUACUUGUAUAUAUUUCAUAGCAAUAUUUUUAUAUUGAAAAUGUCAUCAUGACCUGUAAAACAUGUCUGUAUAUGUACCAAAUCCUGUUUUUAUUUGACAAUGUAUGGCUAAUGUUGCUGGUUCAUAUUAAAGUGCUGACAGAAGAGAA